UCCAUGAAGCUCAUCCGAAUAUUCACUUAGAUCAGAAGAUUUCAUUUCUUAUCAGCUCAAGCGGAAAGUUUAAUUUUUUCUUUUAUUCUGUUAGAGAUGUAUGGAUUCGUCAAUCAUGCUCUUGAACUACUCAUCGUGCGCAAUUUUGGAGAAGAAAUGUGGGAAAAAAUUAAGGAAGAAGCGGAUGUUGUAAUGGAGGGACAAUUUUUAGUCCGCAUUAUUUAUGAGGAUGAAAUCACCUACCAACUUGUUUUUGCAGCUGAAAAAUGUCUCGGGAUCAAAGCUGCUGAUAUUCUCGAGCUUUUCGGCCGGAUGUUUUUCGAUUUUUGUCAAGAAUCUGGUUACGAUCGAAUUUUAAAAGUAUUGGGAGCCACACCAAGAGAUUUCCUUCAAAAUUUGGAUGCCCUUCAUGAUCAUUUGGCGACCAUUUAUCCGGGAAUGCGAGCUCCUUCUUUCCGAUGCACGGAAAGGCCUGAAGAUGGGACUUUGAUCUUGCACUAUUAUUCGGAAAGAGCUGGUUUAGAACCCAUUGUGAUCGGUUUAGUAAAGGCUGUCGCUUCUAAGUUGCAUAACACCGAAGUAGAAGUAGAAGUGGUGCAACAAAAGAGUGUCACUUGUGAUCAUGUUCAAUUUGCAAUCACUGAUCGGAAUGCAGCUAAAAGUCAAGCUGAUCAAGACACGGAAGAAUUUGAAGCACUGUCAAAAGAAAACAAAAUCAGUCCAGCUACUUUUUGCAGAGCUUUUCCUUUCCACAUCAUGUUUGACCGCGAGCAUUUCGUCAGGCAGGCUGGAACGUCUGUGGCAAGAGUUCUGCCAGCUCUUACGCACCCAACUUGUCAAGUGAACGACCUGUUCCAAUUGGUUCGACCUCAUGUGAGCUUCACCUUCAACAACAUCUUAGCUCACAUCAACACUGUGUUUGUUUUAAAAACUUCGGAUAAAGAAAACAAUGACCAGGGCAUGAGACUUAAAGGACAAAUGCUUUAUAUUCCUGAAACUGAUUAUAUGCUGUUCCUGUGUUCUCCGAGUGUUCUGAAUUUGGAUGAUCUUAACCGAAGAGGUCUCUACUUAAGCGAUAUCCCACUCCAUGAUGCUACGAGGGAUCUGGUUUUGCUGUCUGAACAUUUUGUUGCAGAGUACAAGCUGACGAAAAAUUUGGAAAUUCUGACCGAUAAGCUCCAGAAUACAUACCGAGAAUUAGAAGAUGAGAAAAAGAAGACUGACAAACUCCUCUACUCCAUCUUGCCACCAUCGGUCGCCAAUGAGCUCCGUCAUCAUCGACCUGUACCAGCUAAGAAAUACGAAGCCGUUACUAUUCUCUUCAGUGGCAUCGUUGGUUUCACCCAGUAUUGUUCGAAAAAUUCCGACUCGACCGGAGCUCGGAAAAUAGUGGAACUGCUUAAUAAAAUCUACACCACUUUUGAUGUACUGACUGAUCCAAAGAAAAAUCCCAAUGUUUAUAAGGUAGAAACAGUUGGUGAUAAGUAUAUGGCUGUCAGUGGCUUACCAGAGCCAUGUGGAAGUCAUGCCAAAUGCAUUGCACGUUUGGCUUUGGAUUUCAUGGAUCUUUCGAAGCAAGUGACGACUGAAGAAGGAGAUCCCCUGGAAAUUACAAUUGGAAUCCACAGUGGAGAAGUAGUGACAGGUGUCAUUGGAAAGCGAAUGCCGCGUUAUUGUCUCUUUGGGAAUACUGUCAAUCUUACUAGCAGAACUGAGACGACAGGCGCAUCUGGAAAAAUAAAUGUAUCUGAAGAUGCUUACAGUUAUUUGAUGAAACCAGAAAAUUUUGAUCCUCAGUUUCAUUUCGAAUAUCGUGGGCUUGUGACGAUGAAAGGAAAGAAGGAACCAAUGAAGGUUUGGUUCCUUUCGAGAAAAGAAAAUAGCUCGGCAGGUAACCAACAGGAAUGAAUUUCUCUGACCAUUUGGAAAAAAAUGGUUGAUUUGUAUCUCGUGAAUGUAUUUUAUUAAAUGUAUACCCAUUUGUUGUGUGACACAAAACAGUGAAAAAUGACUUCUAUAUUUUGGAUCAGAUUUUUUCUUUCAGGUGAAAUAAGUAAUCUUACAUAGCUUAUGCACAUGCUGAGUACGUAGUUAAGUUGGAAAAAAACUAUUUUGAAAUGUUUAACCCUUGUUUUGUUUUCUGUAAUUGUAAUUUGAAAUCUUAUGUCGCAAUCAAAUACCCUUAUUUGUGUUUUAAUGAAUCAGAAUAUAGUGUCCUGAUGAAAGUAACUCAUAUUCCAUGUGAAUUCCAUUUACAAGAUUUUUGUAUUUCAUGGAGAUAUUUCAUUGGUUGUGAACCCAUUUUUGUGACACCAGACAGUGAAAAAUGGCUUAUAUAUUUUUGAUCAAAAAUUUUUUCGGAUAAAAUAGGUAAUUUUGCACAGCUUAUGUACGUGCUGAGUAUAAUAUUUAACGGAAAAAAUAUUUUCAAAUGUAGAAUUCUGGUUACUGAUUUUAAAUUAAUGUAAGUUGAAAUUUUUUGUAAUUGUGAAAUCUGCUUCCUUGUGCUUCAGUGAAUCAGAAUACAAUAUUUCCUGAUAACUGUCUCAUAUUCCAUGUGAAUUCCAUUUGUAUGAUUUUAUAUUUCAUAGAAAUAUUUCAUUCAAUGUUUACCCUUUGUUUAUGUGACCCCAAAUAGUAAAAAAAUGACUUAUAUGUUUUGUAUUAGCAAUUUUUUUCGGAGGAAAUAGGUAAUCAUGCACAGAUUAUGCUGCACAUGCUGAGUGUUAUGCUAUGUGUAAAAGACAUUUUGAAAUAUAGAACCCUGAAGAAUUGUUUUCUUUUAAGUUAUUGUGAUUUAAAAUAUUUUGUAGCUGCCGAAUCCUCUUCAUUGAAAAUCAAUGAAUGAAAAUAUACUAUUUCCCAAUGAAAGUGUUUAAUAUCUACGUGAAUACCAUUUGCAUGAUUUUAUAUUUCAUAGAAGUAUUUCCUGAAAUGUGUACCCAUUUGUGUGAUACCAAACAGUAAAAAAGGAUUUAUAUAUUUUGGAUCAGAUUUUUUUUUUUUUUUUUUUUUUUGAUGAAAUAUGUUCUCCUGCACAGCUCAUGUACAUGAUGAAUAUAAUGUUAGGUGGAAAAUUGAAAUGUGGAACCCUGAAGGCUUUUUAUGCUUUAAGUUAUUGUAAUUGAAAUUUUUUGUGA